GGCGGUCCGGCGAGUCGUUGAUGGUGAGCGCACCUUUCUGUUUGUUACAUGCGAGAAUCCCUCUCUUCCACCCUCGUCCGCAUCAUUGGAACCAUCUCGUCUUGCUCCCGGAGAGAAGUGUGAGAAUAGUGAGAGUGGGUGAGAGAUUCUCCAUCCUCUGAGGAAAGGGUGCUCAGAGCGUGCCUUCCCAACCACCCCGGUAUCUACCCUUCUCUCCACAACAUCGCCUAGCAUCAUUAUUUCCGCCAUCGGAAACGCUGACGUGUCCGACAGCUGCUGAAGAAUGGCUACCUUGGACUUUGACCAGAAAUUCCUGGGUCGGAUCGCCAAGCAGACAGCAGACAGCCAUCCGCUCCUCUCCGCUUCGCUCUACCAGAUUCUCGGCCUAUCAGUCCUCCUCGCACGGCGACUCGUUCGAGCGAGAAAGCUACGGAAGCUCGAUACCAGUCGCGACACGCCAUCUCUCGCCCUCUACCAACACAUCCUUUGGCUGUCGCGCGAGGGUCUCUCCAUUCUAGAGCUUUGCGUCCUACCGUAUGCCCAGGACAACCAACAUGGACCAGAGUGUAGAGUCCUUAGCGUCAAGCUGCGAGCGAGCUUCUACCACAUCUUCUGCUUGUUCCACAAUCAACCGCCCGUCACGCAAACAAAUAUGACGACUACAGAUCCUAGAACACUCGGCGUGCCUUCGCUACCCCUAUCCGAGCGAAACGGUAACGCACAGCGUCCCAGCGACGCAUCAAACCUUUCGCCCUCGUCGAAGCGCGCUGGAAAGCAACCCAUGCUGCGAGAGCCUAUCGACUCCAUCGUCUCAGAGACCUCCUUCGUCACGAAUCCCUAUGCAACAGGAGGUCCGGUCGGCACACCGUCACCUGCUCCUCCAGGCGCGCCUCCAGGUUUUCAUCAUGUCCCUAUCCCUCAGCCAUCGUCGUUCAUUCUGCCACCUUUGAACUUUGUUCCACUUGCUGGGGGAUACUUUACAACAGCCAGCGGCUACGCCACACAAUACCUUCCCGGAUCACACCCAUUAAGAUUAUCAGUGGCUCUUGAACACAGUGCCUUUCUGUGGGACUGCGUGCACGAUCACGAAGAGUCUCGCCGCAUAGCUAGACGUGCGAUCAAAGAUGUGUAUCGCGCGCAAGAGGCAAUGGACGAUAGCGAGUUCGAGGACGCGGCUGAACUGGUAGGCAUAUUAGGUCGCAUGAUGAAGCGCAAGAGCUGGGAAGCUACACCACGCGUUGGAGGUAUGGCAACCCCUGAACCAGCAUCGGCUGUCACUCCCGGAGGCGCACAACCACGUGGUGAUGGCGUUCAGAGGAGCGACAGGUCCAAUCUGCCUAGCCAAGGAAGCCCGCAAACCACGCGAAGACCUGUCGAUGCACCUUCCACUGCCCAUCCAGUAACAGAGGUUCCACCAGCUCCUGUUCGUAGUCGAUCAAACUCUGCAACCAAGACGUCGAGGCGCAAGGAAGGUGGCAGCCACGAGGGCACGCCACGUUCUGAUGCACAACGUUUCACAGGUGGUACGUCUCAGAAUACCACACCACGCACGAAGCAUAUCAGUGUCGACAGCGGAGCGAGCACGACUCCACGUGCACCACAAGGAGGACGGUCUCCUGCGACACCUUCAACUAUGCGAACUGUGAAGCAGCAUGGCAGUGGCUCAGCGAAGACCACACCAGUAAUAGGAAAGUCGGCGCCCAUAUCGCCUAGCGCAGCUGCGGUGCGCGCCUCGGACGCCGUUCGAACGUCUCCUCUUCACCGAUCGCCACCACUCCGACGCUCACCACGAGGGUCACCUGUACAGGAAUAUUCAUACAGCAGACCGGACCGAUGACAAUCACCAGGGCGUGGACAUGCGGGGAAGAUGGAUGUGCAGUGGACAAUACCUGAUGUCGAAGCACAGAUGGUACUGCGUCCACCAAGCGAAUCGCCAUCUC